AUCCAAAACCCUCUCCUGGGUUCGCUUAUAACCCGGGAACGCCAUCAUCCUCCGAGCAAACCCUAGGCGCCGCUUGCUCCUCCGCAGCCAUGGGUGCGUACAAGUACGUAUCGGAGCUAUGGAGGAAGAAGCAGUCGGAUGUGAUGCGCUUCUUGCAAAGGGUGAGGUGCUGGGAGUACCGUCAGCAUCCAUCGAUCGUGCGCGUCACUCGGCCCACGCGCCCUGACAAGGCUCGCCGUCUCGGUUACAAGGCCAAGCAGGGCUAUGUUAUUUAUCGGGUCCGUGUUAGACGUGGUGGUAGGAAGAGACCUGUGCCAAAGGGUAUUGUCUACGGGAAACCCAAGAAUCAAGGUAUCACUCAACUGAAGUUCCAGAGGAAUAAGCGGUCAGUUGCUGAGGAGAGAGCUGGCAGAAAGCUUGGUGGACUUAAAGUUCUCAACUCCUACUGGAUCAAUGAGGAUUCAACCUACAAGUAUUUUGAGAUUAUCCUUGUUGACGCUGCUCACAAUGCAAUCCGCAAUGACCCAAGGAUCAACUGGAUCUGCAAGGGUGUUCACAAGCAUCGUGAGCUCCGGGGACUCACUUCAGCUGGUAAGAAGUACCGGGGCCUGCGGGGGAAAGGCCAUUUGCAUCACAAGGCCAGACCAUCCCGCCGGGCUACAUGGAAGAGGAACCAGACCUUGUCACUCCGGCGAUAUCGUUGAGCUAUUGUGCUUGUUCUUCUUCAUCCUAUCAUUUUAUUUUACCCAGACUGGAAAAAGUUCGUCAUCUGUCAAUUUUGUCAUUUCAUGUUGUGUUGCAGGUUGAACUCUAAUGUUGAAGAACUGAUGUUUUCCUUUGCUACUUUCCCACAUUUGAAUGAUUCAGUUAUUUCAUUUAAUCUUGUUUUA